AUGAUGGCGGGUAGAGGUUACCCUUCGAGAGACGGACCCGAGCAGUCCAACUACCCUUCGCCUCCGGGUGACGACGAAGAGAGGCGAUCGCAGUAUCCCUUACCACCCUUGACGACCACCAACAUGGCCAUGCAUCCAUCGGCUCCGGCUCCGGCCCCGGGCCCGGCUCCGACCAACGGCUAUCCCCACGACCAGCGCUACCCAGAUCAAAGAUUCGCGGCAGGACAAAGGUACCCCCAAGAUCCAAGAAGCGAUCCCAGGGGUGAUUCCAGGGCCGCCUGGACGGAUCCACGAGCCCAACCGAAUAACGGGUAUGGCUCGCCAAAUCCGCCGCCUUCAGGUAGCUAUCCUCCGAUGUCUGCGACUCAUCCCCCCGGAUACGCCCCGCCGAAUCCGAAUCCACCCGCCGGCGGAUUCCCUCCGCCGACUUCGCAGUAUCAACUGCCGCCAGUUCAAGCCGCACAAGACCAAAGGCCAUACGACGACAGAAGGCCUUAUGACGAGAGGGGACAGUACCCAGACAGAGGCAUGCCGUCGGAUCCGUACUACCAGCAGGGCCCGCCACAUCAGGGACGUGGUGGCGGAUAUGGUGCAGACGUAUACCCGUAUCGUUUUCCCCCGGCGCCCAACUACCCAUAUGGACCUGGUGCUCCUCCGCCCCCUCAACCACAGCCGCAACAAGCUGCUCCGCGUCAGCGUACCUCCAUAGCGUGCAAGUAUUGCCGGAAAAGGAAGGCAAGUACAAGAUACUGUGUUGCAACUCUUCGGUUUUUCCACAAACGUUUUGCUAACUCUUCGGCUCGACAGAUCCGUUGCAGUGGGUAUCAGAACACCACAAAUGGCAAAUGCUCCAACUGCGACAAACUGCGCAUCGAUUGCAUCUUUCAACCUGUCAGCAGCAAUCCAUCGACGGCAUUUGUUCCCGUAGCAGCGGUGGCAGGCGGUGUUCCUCCUGGAACACCAUUGUACGGAGCCUAUGGUCAGCCUCUGCCUUCAUCUGCGCAGCAACAGCCACAACCGCCCCCGCCUCGUGGCUAUCCGCACUCCGGAUCAGAGUACCCUCCCCCACCACAAAUCCAGUCACCCAGUCUCCAUUACCCGCCAUUCGAUGACAGAGAUGCCAGUCGUCGGAGACCUCGCCCACAAGAUGAGGAACAUGUGAUGCGGUUGCCUCCGCCGAACAACUCGCGCGACGAUGAUCCUCGGCGCAGGUCCCCAGCUUCAAACCAUAGCAAUGGCACACCGCCGACCUACCAGCAACAGUAUCCUCAGGGUGGCUAUGAGUCAGAUAGGGCACCCACUCCUCUCAGGAAUAGCCCCGGUAACCCCGCGCCGACUGUUCCGUUACAACCAAGCGCGCGUCCUGGAAUUCCUCCUCCCAGCGCCCCCUCGAACCCAAUGAGCCUAGAUCGGUUUUUGGAGAACGACCCCCACGCAAACCGGAUUGAUCGCGGCAUGCUCGACAGGCUCAACAGGCGCAGCUAG